UGGGCCCUCGGGCCGGGCCCUUGGAGGGGGGGCUCCUAGUCGGGGUCCGCCUGGCAGCUCGGGACGAUGCCCUACCUGCUCAUCAGCACCCAGACCCGCAUGGAGGAGGGUCCCACGAUGGUGGGGGACGAGCAGUCGGACCCCCAGCUGAUGCUGUGCCUGGGAGCCACCAAGAGGAACACGCUUGGGAACCAUUUCUGGGAGUACUUUGUCAACGACCCGCCCCGUGUGGUCCUGGACAAGCUGGAGGGUCAGGGCUUCCGUGUGGUCAGCAUGACGGGGGUGGGCCAGACCCUGGUGUGGUGCCUGCACAAGGAAUAGCCCCCCUCCGCCGCCGCCGCCGCCACGGGGGAGCAGCUUGGGCCUCCCCUGACCUGGGGUUGCCCACCCCAUCCCUCGUUCCUCCCCGGGCCCUCUUCCUCCUCCUCCUCUUGACCCACUGCUGGCCCCUGAUGCCCAGAUGGCUGUCCCAGGCGAGGGGGGCGGCUGAGCGGGCCCCUAAAGCCCAGGCCCCGUGCAAAAUGUUAACCAGCCCCGUACCCGUCCAGACUUCAGGUCAAUAAAGAGCUGCGGUGCCAUCA